AUGCACCAGCCUGUCGUCAAGGAGGUACUUGGCGAUGUUCACCUUUGCGACAAGCCUUCACAGUUUAACCAAGCUAAGUUUAACGAGUUCUCAUCCAAGCACGCUCCCAAGCCAGAAAAGAAGAAGGAAGGUUGGUCAUUUCAAUGUAUAGUUUUUGCGGUAAUGAGAUUUUCAAUCUAGCU